AUGCCUCGUUUCAACCUCACAAAAACUCAACUUCCACUUAUUACUCAAAUGAAGAAUCUGUUGAAGGUUCGUCGAACCGAUGAUUGCGCUGACGAGCUCAUCGUCGAAGCGGCUCCAAAGUUUUUCAAUUUGAUGGAUCUCCACGAAGAAGUUCAAGACGUCGUGGACUGUGCGAGUUUGACCGUCGGUUCAUACGUGCCCGCGUCUGUCUCUGUUUCUGUGGCAUCGCCCACCUCGUCUCCUGUUUCGGCCCCUGUCUGGUUUGGUGUGUGUUGCCGCACCUCCUUCCGCCUCUUCGCCUGUAACUACGACUACCUUUGCGCCCGUGUCUGUUUGCGUGUUUCUGUAUGCCCCGGUCUAUUCUAUGAGGUGAAAUCGAUUACAAGAGCUUCCAUUGCUUAG